UACAGCCACACCAUACAGAAGCAGACUACGAAGACGGACUACAUCCCCAGUAAACCCGUAGCGACGCCAAUGCCUCCGGCCCCCACGCCGCCCCCUCCCGCCGCCACCAGACUCCCCACGCCGCCGCUGCCUCCUCCAGCCACCGAGCCCCACAAGCCGAACGCCAGCAGCACAAUCAGCCGCCAGAACAGCACCACGUCCAGCGACAACGGCAGCAUCGCCAUGAGGGACCACACCAACCAGAGACCUGCACCCGUCAACCGUGAGUCCAACAGGACAGCGAAAUGUUUUGCAGUCAGAAACUCUGGAGCUUUGAAUACUAAAGAGAACUUCUUAUCAA